AAGACCAAUAAGCAAAAUAGAAAACAAUGCAUUUUACCCCAGGUGGUGCCUGAAAUACCAGAAGUAAUACUUUCUGCCUCCUACUGUACCAAGUGUGCCCUCUACAGCGUGUAUGGGGCACAACAACAAGCCAGUCUUUUAUUUGUCAAGUAACUUGUCUCUGAUUGGGUUAAAUAUUCCUAGAAAACACCCGCCAGCCAUUGGUUGCAAGCUAUUCCAGAAACAGCAGUGACAGGAGGAGAACGCAGCCGGGCGGCACUUCAGCUCCGUCAUGACAGUGGUCUGUGAGAGUUCUGCUGGAUGGCUGGUAGAUGAGCUUUCACUGUUUAGAAAAUGGUAUCAACACUCCACUUCAUGUCAAGAUGCAGACCAUAAAAAGAAUCAAUAUGGAAUCAGAGGGGACCUGUUUCUGAUCCUCAGACCUCAUAUUCCAAAGCAGUCGACCCCAGUGUCACUUCCAACUGUCUGCCCAGAAACAAACCCAACUGCCACUAACCAGAAAAAGAAACGUAAAAGAUCAUGUGCCUUUAAUCAAGGGGAACUGGAUGCAAUGGAUUAUCACAAAAAGAUAACUGAUUUCAUUUUAGAAGGCACCCAGCCUCUAAUUCAAGAAGGCUUUAAAAAACUAUUUCUUCAAGCACUUUCAGUAAAUGAUAAUCAUUCUCAAACUGAACCCGGACUGUGCAAUAACCCUUGCCAAUUGGCAGAAUUAUGCAAUAUGGCUAAAAGUAUGCCUUUGUUGAAUUUUGGCGAACAUACUGUGCUAGUCUUAGAAAGCGGACUUUAUCUACCUCAAGAAACAAAUGUAUUAUCCUGUAUUACUGAAAACAAAUCAGAAUGUCCAAAAGUCAUACAUUUUAUAGGGGAGAAGUACAUUAUCCCACCCAAAAGUGCAUUUCUUAUGUCAGAUGUUUCCUGCAUGGAACCUCUUCUACAGUAUAAAAAGUACAACAUAAUUGUUAUGGAUCCACCAUGGGAGAAUAAGUCUGUCAAGAGAAGCAAAAGGUACAAUUCUUUAUCACCAAAUGAAAUUCAGCAGCUUCCUGUACCAGCCCUUGCUGCACCCGAUUGCCUUGUAAUCACUUGGGUCACCAAUAAACAGAAGCAUCUGCGAUUUGUCAAAGAGGAUCUUUACCCUCAGUGGUCUGUCAGAACUCUUGGAGAAUGGCACUGGGUCAAGAUAACCAGAUCUGGGGAAUUUGUAUUUCCACUCGAUUCUAACCAUAAAAAACCGUAUGAAGUUUUGGUACUAGGUCGAUUCCAAGGCACAGUGAAUUCUGCAGGAAGAGAAUCAGGGAUUUCCCUGCCUCCAAUUCCAGAACGCAAGUUAAUAGUCAGUGUUCCAUGCAAACUUCAUUCCCAUAAACCACCACUAUCUGAGGUCCUGAAAGAAUAUGUCAAGCCAGAUGUGGAGUGCUUGGAACUCUUUGCACGGAACCUUCAGCCAGGUUGGACCAGCUGGGGGAAUGAGGUUCUCAAAUUCCAGCACAUAGAUUAUUUCACCCCCUUGGAUGCUGCAGACUGACUCAGACCUUUUAUCUUAUCAUCUGUUUUAACAUUAUUCUACUUAUACAUUUUAUACUGCUGAAAGACAAAUAGAAGAAUACUAAAUCAAUACAGUAAAUAAAAAUAAAGCAAUAUGUUUUUUAACAAU